AUUUGGCCAAAACGCAGCCCCAAAUUAACUGAUCAUCACAUCAUGCUAGCUUUAUCUCCUCCUUUGUUUUCAACGAUUGCAUGGCCUUCAGAGGAUCUCUUAAGUCAUGACCAGAACUACUUCUACAGAGACAGUUCCAUUGAUCAAAGUGCAGAGUCCUUCCUUCAUAUCCUUCCAUCUCAUCAGCCGCAAGUUGACCUCGAUCGUUCCACUACUAUCAGCGGCGAUUACUCCGGCGUUUCCACAAUGGCGAAGAAGCUUAACCAUAAUGCUAGCGAGCGUGACCGUCGCAAGAAGAUGAACAGCUUGUAUUCCUCAUUGCGUUCACUGCUUCCUGUCGAUCAAGGGAAAAAAUUAAGCAUUCCGAAUACAAUUUCGCACGUGCUGAAAUACAUACCAGAGCUUCAAAAGCUAGUGGAGGGAUUAAUUCGAAAGAGGGGGGAGCUCUUAUCAAGAGCUUGUAAGCAAGAAGCUGCAAUGCAUGAGGAGAAGCGAAUAAAAAGCACAGCUCGGAGCUCAUCAUCUGCCGUUUCAACCUAUCGGCUUAGUGAUAGAGCAGUAGCAAUUCAAAUAUCUACCUUGAAGACCCACAACAAUCUAUUGUCUGAGAUAUUGCUAAAUUUGGAGGAGGAGGGGCUUCAAGUUCUAAAUGCUUCUUCCUUCCAGUCAUCUGGAGGGAGGGUCUUCUAUAAUAUACAUCUUCAGGUGGAAAGAGCUGACAGAUUAGAAUGCAAGAAUUUAAGCGAGAAGCUCAUGUCCUUCUAUGCGUGAGAAAAGGCAAGAGAGUUAUUUCCAUAGGAAUUUUGCAUGUAAAGUACUCGUUGAAAGUACCCAACUUCAUUGGUGAACAGGCCAAAAAUGGGUAAACAAUUUGUUAUGUCGAUAGGAACUCCCCGGUAUCGUCUCCACACCUAUGAGAACAUAUGUAUAAGUGUAUGAUUUAUAAGUUAUGUGUCAUACAUUUUAAUCUAACGAAGUUCACUUGAUAAUUAUCCUGGA